AUGGACGAGGAGGACCUUGACCUUGCUGAUUUUGGCUGUAAGGCCAAAUCCCCAAAGAAAAAGACAGCAGGCUCCCCGAAAGCCAAGGGUAAAAACAGCAGAGCGAAGGCCGGCCAGCGGGGCAGUCCGAAGAGGGGUGCGAAGACCGGCAAGGGUCAACGGCCGGGCAAGCUUCCUUGCAUUUGUUGCGAGGAGAUGAGGGUGAACAACUCGCGAUUGUGCAAGGACCACAAACGGUCUGCAGAUGCGAUGUCCUACCAGGCACAGAGUGCUGAUGAUCCAGAUGCCAAGGAGACCUUUCAGCAGAUCUUCGCGGAUGAUGCUGCCAUGGCUGCAGCCGUGAACCAGUUUUCGAAGGACAACCCGCCAUGUGCCAAGUACAGGCGCAAGCAGAUGAUCGACUGGUUGCAGUACAAGCGUAGCUAUGGUACCAAGGUCACCCGCCGAGAUCGUGGCAGUGACGUCCCAAAGACUGAGAAGGAGUUCAAGCUUUGGUGUGUGAACGUGAAAGGCUUGUCAGAGCAGGAGACCAAGGAUUGGUGGGCCAAGCUUCUGGACUCCCCCGGUGUGGACCGUGACUAUGAAGGAUAUGGUGGUAAGCUGCGUCUAUUCAUUCCGAAUGCAGAGGAGGGCCGCGACCGCCUUCGUGACCAGUACAUUGACAACCGGCAGGAAGAGGGCUCUGCCGUCGACAAGCGUGCGAAGCCCCAGGACCAAGAGGAGCUGCGGAAGCAUGUGCAUCGCCAGCAAGUCAGCUUCGCUGAUUCGUUCUUCCAGGGCGGCCAGGGCGGCAGCCGAUCGUCGACUUCUGAUGCGUCUAAGCGCAAAGCCGAAGACGAAGAGCAGCGUCCAACCAAGAAGGUUUGUAUGGAACGAGAGGUGCCCAAGUUCGGUGUGGCCAUGUCCAAGAGCAUGGCAAGCCUCAAGUUGGAGAUGCAGAAGUCGUUGACCCAAGCCAAGAAGGCGUCGGAGACCUUGGAGAAAACGGAUGCCGCCCUGAAUGACAAGCCCUCCUACGUGUUCAAGGCCACUUUGCAGUUCAGAAUGCAGUUGGGUGUGCGAUGGCUGGACGAUGUUUCCUCGGUUGUCGUUCUAAAGACCAAGACUGGAUCAGGAUCCGCAGCCGGUGUCACGAAUCAAGAUGCCGGUGAGCCAUCAACCCCACGCAAGCAGCAGACCGCGGUUCCUGGCGCAGGUUCUUCAGGUGACCCACGCCAGGGCGAGGGCAACGGCAAGGACCAGGAGGUCAAAGACAACGGUGGCAGUGACAAGGAGAUCCCCGCGAAGACAGACAACCACGGCAAUGACAAGGAGAAGCCCGCGAAGACAGACAACCGCGGCAAUGACACGGAGAAGCCCGCGAAGACAAACGACCGCGGCAAUGACAAGGACACUGCCACCCCAAAGAAAGACAAGGUGCUAGAGUCUGAUGCCAGGUCCCCUGCCCAAAGCGAGAAGUCCAUCCAGAUUGUGUUUGGAAACGCCGAGCCGCAACUCCUCCAGGACUAUAAGGCUGCCGUUCGUCAGCAAAGUACCGUGGAGCUCCUGACCAACAACCCCCACAAGAAGCCCUUUGACCAGGACCCCAAAACCUUCAGGACGAAUGCGGAGAUGGCCCGAGAGAUGCAACGCAUCAUGGAGAUCAGCGAUGAGAAGGAGUUCCUCAAAGCCCGUGAUGCAUGGAAUGCAACCGUGACAACCGUCAAGGAGUUCAUCAAGAACUUGGCAAGGGCUUCCUCGGACAUGGUGACCCACAUCAAAAGCUUGGAAACGAAGGCCAGGGCAGAAAGAGAGAAGUCAGAGAAAGAGCGUCAAAAGGCGGAUGUGGCGAAGGCCCGUGAGGAUGCUAAGAAGGCUGCAGAGGACAUCCGAAAAAACCUUGCAAAGUCUGCUGCCCAGCCUCUCCUGUUCAACGUGGACUUUGCGGAGGCCAAGGUUCCCGAGAUUUGCAAGCACGAGGGCAACGGUUUCCACGACAAGAAAGCGGAUGAGCCAUGCCUGUUGAUCAACAGUGACAAGCAAAAGCUUUGGUUGGCCAGCGAGGCCGUGGACAAAGCUCUUGCUUCGUAUGGCACUGCGUACAAGAAGGCCAAGGAUGUGAAAGCAAACGGUCGUGGCCAGGCUCCUCUUCAAGAUGCAUCUGCUAAAGAUGAAACUUCCGACUUCCUCUUGAGCAUGCUGCCCGACGACACCAAAGUGCUGAACAUUGAGGAGAUUGUGGAGGGCGGCUCCACGUUCAUGGACAACUGCUGGUGUUACUCCUUCAUGCCGGGCAAUGUUUCCUUCAGCAUCCCUCCCAAUGGUGCGGCUUUUGUGAGAGCUCAGGCUUUGGGAUCGACGUCGUUCGUGUUGUUCAAGCUCAAGUCUUUGCUUGCGUAUGUCAAGAGCAAGCACGGAGCAGAUGUUGAGAAGAAGCCUGCGUUGGAGGUCGUUACUCAGUGGGGGCAAGACGCAGUUGCAGAUGCCUUGGGGGACGAGGCAGAUGGCAAGGUGGAGAUGAUCCGUGGAAGCUUGAGCGCGAACCAGGCAAUGUUCGUUCCAAGCGGAUGGGUGAUCUUCGAGCGUGCCCACACCGAGCAGGCAGCAAUCUAUGGGGUCCGCAAGUCCAUGUUCAUCGACUCCAUUCCGAACUACGUCGGGUACGAGGCUGUCAAGAUGUAUUACGAGGCAUGCUCUCCUGACCGCGACCUUUCGAGGAUGACUACCAUUUUGGAGGCAUUCAUGAGGAAACCAUGA